AUGAAUCAACCAAAUAACUAUGUUACUCCAUACAUCAAUGAUGAUAAUGAUCAUCAUCAUCAUGACAAUUCAAAAACCAACGCCGGUGUUCCCCUGCUACCCCCUAUUCCAGUCGUUUCACAACCAACUACCACAUCUUAUCAUCGUUUGCCCGUCCAGCAAGCUCCAUUAGUCUAUUCUCAAACAUCACUAGGUUAUUCUGAAUCACACCUCCCACCAGCAAACUCCUCGGCCAACAUUUUCCCAGAUGAUAUAUAUGAAUUGCCUCUUGGACAAAAGCUUCUGGACUUUGAAGAAUUACAUAUUUACAAUUUUGAUUCGCUCUUCAUCUCUCCCCGACCAAACCCUAAACUUUUAAGCCGGGGCACGUUGAAAUCACUCUAUUCAGGGUUCAACUUCCCAGAAGAUAAGCUGCUCGAUGGUGGCUAUCCAGUGCCGAUGAUUGGGAAAAAAAUGAUGUAUAAUAAUGUGUUUGGUUGGUGGAAUGAACCAAUGUUUUUCAAAGGGUUGCUUGCAAAGGGAAGCUCGUCUAGCACCAGUCUUGAAACUACUUGGAAAGAAUUGGUGAAAAAUGGAUUUUAUGGAUUUUUCAGAGAAGAUCUCAUUGGUGCAAUACUCCGGAAUACCGACAUCGUAAAUUGGGAAACCUAUAAGAGCAAAGUGAAAAAUAUCGUGAUAUGCGAUCGACCAAACGAACGGUUCGUACCGUUGGUGAAAGAGAUUCUCCAAUCGAGAACCGGACUCGGUGACAUGAUUAGCGUGGUAAUGUUCAAAAAAAACAUUGGACAGUCAAAUUACUCAUUCAAAAAUAAGAUUUUGAUUCAAGAAUUGACCGGGAAUAAGAAUAUCAAAGCGAUAUCAAUUUACGAUGAUAUUAAAGGGAUAAAAACCUACCAAGACUUGAUCAUCGAAGGGAAUUAUUCAUCAUCAUUGAUUCCUACCUACGUGGAAAUAAUCCUGCCGGUAUAUUACAUGCACCCAGUGAGAGAACGGUACUUGCUCGAACAAUUUAUCAAUGCCAAUAAUACUAGAAUUUUGACCAGGAAUCUUCAAGAACAGUAUAGUUUGAUCAGGUUACGGAAAUCGUUCUUUAAAACUGGGUAUAUCAUCAGUGACGAGUCUAAAGAAUUGUUGGUCCAAUCUUUUGGGAAAUUAUGUAAUAUGUUCCCUAGCCAAACUAAGGACCAUCAUUAUUAUGAUCCAUCGUUGGUCAAUUCGCAAAUAUCAUCAAAACUCGAGGUGCAAUUGAAUAUCAUUGAAAUUAGUAAAAGUAAAGUGGGGGAUAAAAGAUUAGAACAAAUUGGGGGGUUUGGAGGUACAUUCACUUGGGAAGUGGCGGCAGUAGGAUCAAUUCAAAAUAUCGCCUAUUUUGCAGCAUUGAAGCCACAACGUUAUUUCCCACGGAUGGGAUUUCACCCACCCCCGAAUUUCACUCCAUUCGCCACUAUGUACGAGGUGCCGGUGUUGGUGAUCAGCUGCGUACCGUCGUUUGUGGUGACCUCUAAUAUCCCGUCAAAGAUUGAUAAUUGGGAACCCAUUAAUUUCCCAUUGGAAAUUACUUCGACUUUGGGGUUUGUGGAAAUGUUUGGGAUUGUGAAGCUAGGCGGUAAGAAGAUCAAGGCGUAUAAACAUGGGUGGAAUGAAUAA